AUGCCUUUCUUUUUCAAAGCCUUUCUCUUGCACACGGCCAGGACCUUAAAGAAAAGUGAGAAGUGGGUCUCGCUGCCUAUACAAGCCUCCCAAACGUGCUUUGGCAUCCAAGAGACAUUUUGCAGCUGUUUGUCAUUGCAGAGAGAUCUCUCUUUACUUUUGAGUGGCCAAAGAUACCAGCCGGUCACACGAGAUUUCACUUCUCCGGCGCCGUUGUACGCUUGCAGUUUCAGGGCCCUGUGUGCAGACUCGGAGAUGGCAGAGCAGAGGUACUGUGUGGACUAUGCCAAGCGAGGCACGGCAGGAUGCAAAAAAUGCAAAGAGAAGAUCCUGAAGGGGAUGGUGCGCAUCGGGAAGGUGGUGCCCAACCCGUUCACAGAGUCCGGUGGGGACAUGAAGGAGUGGUACCAUGUCAAGUGCAUCUUCGAGAAGCUGGAGAGGGCUCGGGCUACAACCAAGAAGAUUGAGGACCUUACGGAGUUGGAGGGCUGGGAGGAGCUGCAGGAUGGAGAGAAGGAGCUGAUAAACCAGCAGAUCUCAGAGCUUACUUCCAAAGCUGCAAAUACACCGAAGAAAAAGGCACCUGUCCAGGCCAAGCUUUCUCCCACUGGGAAAAUUACCUCCCCCAAGAAGGUGCCGACAGCUUCCUCUGAUCCCUCACCGAAAAAAUUCUCAGGCUUUACAGCUAAGCCAGGCAGUUCUGAGGAAGCCGCAUCCAGCUCUUCCCCCAAGUUCAGCUUGUCUUCAGAGAAGUGUGACCCAAAGCACAAGGACUGUCUGUUGCGGGAAUUCAGGAAGCUUUGCGCUAUGGUUGCCGACAAGCCCAGCUACAAUGUGAAAACCCAGAUCAUCCAGGACUUUCUGCAAAAGGGAACCGGGGGAGAUGGUUUCCACGGGGAUCUCUAUCUGACGGUGAAGCUGCUGUUGCCUGGGGUCAUUAAGAGUGUUUACAACUUGAAUGACAAGCAGAUCGUAAAGCUCUUCAGCAGGAUCUUCAGCUGCAACCAAGAAGUCAUGGCCCGUGACCUGGAACAGGGCGAUGUUUCCGAAACGGUGCGGAUCUUUUUUGAGCUGAGUAAGUCCUGCCCUCCUGCUUCCAAGAGCCUCCUGACGAUCCAAGAGGUGGACGAGUUUCUCACCCAGCUCUCCAAGCUUUCAAAAGAGGAUGAACAGCAGAGCUUGCUGCAGGAGAUUGCAAGCAAGUGCACAGCCAAUGACCUGAAGUGCAUCAUCAGGCUAAUCAAACAUGACUUGAAAAUGAACGCCGGCGCAAAGCAUGUUCUAGAUGCCUUGGACCCAAAUGCUUAUGAGGCAUUCAAAGCAUCACGCAACCUUCAAGACGUGGUAGAGAGGGUGCUGAAGAACCAGCAGGAGGCCCUGAAGGUGCCUGGCUUGAAGAAAACCCUCAGUGUGGAGGCCUCCCUGAUGACCCCUGUUCAGCCCAUGCUGGCUGAAGCCUGCAAGUCCAUUGAGUAUGCUAUGAAGAAAUGUCCCAACGGGAUGUACUCGGAGAUCAAAUACGAUGGAGAGCGUGUCCAAGUGCACAAGAAGGGGGAUCACUUCAACUAUUUCAGCCGCAGCCUGAAACCAGUCCUUCCUCACAAGGUGGUCCACUUCAAGGACUUCAUUCCGAAGGCUUUCCCAGGGGGACACAGUAUGAUCCUGGAUGCAGAGGUCCUUCUGAUUGACAACAAAACAGGGAAGCCUCUGCCUUUUGGGACUCUGGGAGUACACAAGAAAGCUGCUUUCCAAGAUGCCAACGUCUGCCUGUUUGUCUUCGACUGCAUCUACUUCAACGACGUCAGCCUGAUGGACAGGCCCCUACGGGAGCGCCGCAAGUUUCUCCACGACAACAUGGUAGAAAUCCCCAACCGGAUCCUCUUCUCAGAGAUGAAGCACGUCACGAAAGCUUCAGACCUGGCCAAUAUGAUCAACCGAGUCAUCCGCGAGGGGCUGGAGGGAUUAGUGCUGAAGGAUGUGAAGAGUACUUAUGAGCCCGGAAAACGUCACUGGCUAAAAGUGAAAAAGGAUUAUUUGAACGAGGGAGCGAUGGCUGACACAGCGGAUUUGGUGGUCCUGGGGGCCUUCUAUGGGCAAGGCAGCAAAGGUGGCAUGAUGUCCAUUUUCCUCAUGGGCUGCUACGACCCCGACAGCCAGAAGUGGUGCACGGUGACCAAAUGUGCUGGCGGCCAUGACGAUGCCACUCUUGCCCGACUGCAGAAGGAGCUAGACAUGGUGAAGAUCAGCAAGGAUCCCAGUAAAAUUCCAAGUUGGCUGAAGAUUAAUAAGAAUUAUUAUCCCGACUUCAUUGUUCCUGAUCCAAAGAAAGCGCACGUGUGGGAGAUUACCGGGGCCGAGUUCUCCAAAGCAGAAGCUCACACCGCUGAUGGGAUCUCCAUCCGCUUCCCCCGCUGCACACGCAUCCGUGACGACAAAGAUUGGACAACAGCCACCAACCUCCCACAACUCAGGGAGUUGUAUCAGCUGUCCAAAGAGAAGUCCGACUUCAUCGUUGUCGCCGCUGAGGAAGACAACACAGCUGGCAGCAGUGGCGAGAAUGAGGGGUUGGGCAGAUCUUCCACUCCUCAAAAGGUGGCCAAGCAGCUCUCCAGCAAGUCACCUGCGAAAGCCAAGAAGCCUGAAGCUAACAAACUCGUUGGAAAGUCCCCUCUGAAGAAAGCCGAGGAAAAGCGGGGGGAGAAGAGGAAAGCGCCUGAGCUGGGUGAAGACAAGGGAAAGCAGACACUGCUGGACAUCUUCACCGGGGUGAAGCUGUACCUCCCUCCUUCCGUGGAGGACUUCAGUAAAAUCAGGCGCUACUUUGUCGCCUAUGAUGGAGACUUGGUCCAGGAGUUUGACACCGCCUCGGCCACGCACGUGAUGGGGGACGUGGAUGAGAACCUGGAGGCCAAGCAUGUCUCUCCUGACUGGAUCUGGGCCUGCAUUCGGAAAAGGAGGCUCGUGGCCCCUUGCUGAAGACUUUGCCGGGAGC